AUAUCUAAAUUUUAAUGAACUUCGGAUUUCAUGUCAUAAUCAAAAUGUUAUAAAAAUUUUGAAAGUAAUUUUUGUAAUAAAAAAUUUAUUCAUUUAAAUUAUAAAUGAAAAAAAUUAUUUUGAGUUUCAUAUAUUUGACAUUUUUGAGUAGUCCAUGUCUUUCCCAUGAGGUGUUUAGUGGUGCAAAACCAGAACAUUGAGUAUCUUGAUCUUUCUUAUUGUUUAAAUUUAUUAUAUAUUUACUGAAUAAGCACUUUUUAUUAAAUCAACAUGCCGAAAAAUAAAGGAAAAGGAGGUAAAAAUAGGAGAAGGGGAAAAAACGAAAAUGAAACUGAAAAAAGAGAAUUAGUUUUUAAAGAAGAUGGACAAGAAUAUGCACAAGUCACAAAAAUGCUUGGUAAUGGAAGGUUAGAAGCAAUGUGCUUUGAUGGUGUGAAAAGAUUGUGUCACAUUCGUGGAAAAUUACGGAAAAAAGUAUGGAUUAAUCAAGGAGAUAUAAUAUUAAUUGGUUUGCGAGAUUAUCAGGAUGCAAAAGCAGAUGUCAUAUUAAAAUAUACAUCAGAUGAAGCUCGUAAUUUGAAAACAUACGGUGAAUUCCCAGAAACUGUUCGCAUUAAUGAUACUGUCACCUUUGUGGAAGAUGGUUUUGAUGAAGAUAUUGAAUUUGGUGAUGAAAUUAGUGAUGAUGAUGAAGAUGAUGUUGACAAUAUCUGAUGAUCUUCAGUAUAAAUAUACUUUAAAGAUAUGGUACAAGAGUGCAUGAAGACAUCUAUUUGUUUUACAAGAUAUUAUCAUUUGUUGUGUAAUUAAGAUAUUGAAAUUUUUUGAAAUAAGUAGUCAAUUUUCUGUAUCUAUAAAUAAAUUUUCACUUGUCUGUGUAA